AUGAUAAUGGACAUGUUCCAGGAUGGGAUCCUGGUGGGGGCACCGGGGGCCUACGACUGGAAUGGAGCCGUCCUGAAGGAGACCCGACAGGGGAAGGUGGUUCCACCCAAGUCCUCCUACUCACAGGAAUUCCCAGAGGAGCUGAAGAACCAUGGCGCCUACCUAGGGUACACAGUAACAUCGGUGGUGUCGGCCAGGAAUGGUCGACUGUAUGUGGCAGGGGCACCGCGGUUCAACCAUACUGGCAAGGUCAUCAUCUUCACCCUGAAGAACACUGGCAACCUCACCAUCCUGCACUCCCUCAAAGGACAACAGAUUGGGUCGUACUAUGGGAGUGAGAUCUCCCCGGUGGAUAUAGAUGGUGACGGAGUAACAGACAACCUACUGGUGGCAGCGCCCAUGUUCUUCAGUGGAGGCUGGGAGAAGGGCAAGGUGUACAUCUACAGAGUGACUGAGCUGAAUCGUUUCGUUCUGGAGGGAGCGUUGGAGAUCCAGGACCGUGGUCAGAACGCUCGGUUCGGCUCCUCGCUGGCCCCGGUCCCUGACCUGAACGGGGACGGCUUCAACGACGUGGUGGUGGGGGCCCCGCUGGAGGACGACCAUAGAGGAGCUAUCUACGUCUUCUUCAGCCAACGCAACAGGAUUCUGCGGAAAUACAAACAGAGGAUAGCUGCGUUAGACAUGGCCAGUGGCCUGCGCUACUUUGGCCGUAGUAUCCAUGGCAGUAUGGACAUGGACGAGGAUGGGCUGGUGGACUUGGCCGUGGGCUCCCUGGGGGCAGCCGUGCUUCUAUGGUCUCGCAGUGUCGUCCGAAUUCACGCCAACAUCAGGUUUGAACCCAGCAAGAUCAACAUCUUUGUGAAGGACUGUGAGAGGGGAGGCAAGGACGUGACCUGCAUGUCAGCCGUAGUGUGUCUAAACGUCACCGCCCGGACAGCCAUAACUCCUACACAGGAAGUGGCGAUCACUUACAACACCACCAUUGGGGAGCGCCGAUUCAACCCCAGAGCCAUAAUGGAGGACCCUGAUAAACUGCUGUUUCAAAACCUGACCCUGCUUUCUGGAGAGGAGACCUGUCAACACAUCCACUUCCAUGUCAUGGAGACCACGGACUACGAGAGGCCCAUCGUGUUCACUGUGGCGGUGGCACUGCAGCAUCCCGACCAGGGCCCUGCGCUGGACGACACCUGGCCCACCACCGUCAGGACUGAGCUUCCCUUCUGGAAUGGCUGUGAUGAGGACGACCGCUGUAUACCAGGCCUGUCCUUACAGAGUACAACUGACCUGCUGUCUUGGAGGCAGUUCUGUGGGAAUGCAGUCCACUCCAGGGGUGCGAUGUGUCGACGUCUGUCCGAAGGAGGGGCGGAGGGGUCAGAGCGAGUGAUGGAGGGAUCGAGGAGGAGGAUGGUGGUGGACGUUCGUCUGGAGAACAGGGGAGAAAACGCCUACGGAGCCCGCCUCAACAUCACCUACACUCCUAACCUACGAUUCUCUAGUCUCAUAGUCAAGCACAACUCAGAUAUCAAGAUAGAGUGUCAUAGUGAAGACAGACAGAGGCAUGAGAAGACCUGCAACGUCAGCGCUCCCUUCAUGAGAGCCAAGACUCAGGUAUCUUUCCGCCUGGAGUUUGAGUUCAGCCGAUCAGUGUUCCUGGACCACGUACGAGUCAUUCUAGAAGCCAGCAGUGACGGAGAGGAGGUUACCUUAGAAGACAAUUUCAACGACAUCUUUCACCCGCUGAAAUACGAGGCUGACCUCCUAUUUACAAGGGACUCCAACCCCUCUGGCUGUGAGAUCAAAGCAGACCUCUCCCUGGAGAUACCGGGAAAUAUUGGUCCUCCAUUCAACUUCACCUUCCAGAUUCAGAAUCUGGGCUUCUUUCCCGUGAGGGACCUGCAGUUGAAUAUAGAAAUUCCAGAGAUGACCAAAAACGGGAACCAGCUGUUGCAGAUAUCGGACUUCCAUAUUGACAAGACAGAUGGUACCCGCUGCAUACCCCCUCAACAUGUGGCACAGAGCAGGGCGUCCCCAGAAGACCUCUCUCGAGUCUCACGCCUGAACCAGUCCAAUACUCUGCCUCUGCCGGUCCAAUGCACUGUCAACCUGAACCCCUACAAGGAAGUCAGCGUCAGAAUCAGGGGGGCAUUACGGUUGGACGCCUUGCAUGCUCUGAGGUUCAAAGUCCUGGAACUGGUGACGAGUGCAUCAGUAGAACUUCCACCUUCAAGCCCCAUGUUUCUUCAUGAAGAAAGGCCUGUCAGACAUAUAAUCCUGGAGAUUAGGAAAGAAGGGGAUUACAGAAUCUCAAUCUGGAUUAUCAUUGGGAGCACGCUGGGAGGGUUGUUGCUGCUGUCCCUGCUCAGCCUAGCUCUAUGGAAGCUUGGCUUCUUCCAGAGGCAGAAGAGGAGAGAAGAGGAUGAGCAGGAGACCAAUGGAAAGGUGGCAGAGGAGCGGUAACUAACGCAGGCGAGGGACCAGCCAUCACACACACACAGGGGACCCAAAACUCAGGGACUGCCCCAUCCCCCCCGACACUACAGUGGUACAGUCCAGAAGGCUCUGCAAGAUGAGACCGUCAGAUCAAGACCUGCUCAGUGCACUGGAUGACCAACUGUACCUGUAUGACCCAUGAGACGUUAGCACUACCAACCAUAAUGCCCCGCCCUCCACUAUAAUGCCCUGCCCUCCACUGUACUGCUGAGACUACUGGACCCUCCUGGGUGCCUGGUUACCCAUACCCACCUCUGACCUCUACCCUUUAGCUAGACACCCUUCCCCAUGGUUACCCACCUCUAACCUCCACCCACACUGCCCCUGGUUACCCACCUCUAACCUCUACCCUGUAUCUAGGCUAUGGCACCCUUCCUCCUGACCACAUUGAAGAGCGAUGGAGAGAUAUUUUGGUUGAUGAGUCCAUUCCUAUUGGUGUAAUAAUGACUAACUUAGAAAGGGCUGUAGUUAUAAUCAGACAAUGAUUCUGAGGCAAGCAGCUUAAAUUUGAUUCACCUUGGUAGGCUUUGUUUUGAGAUAACUGUACACUGUACAAGAAAAAACCUCAAGGUGCUGUGCCAACUGCAGGCGGCUAUAUUGGCCUACUAUGGCCUACUGCGCUGACAUGUACAGUACAUACUUCUGGAGAGAAACACAAAGACCAAGAAGUUGGCGGCAUGUGCCAGUAGAUGUAACUCUACCCAAGUGACUUUUAGAGAAUGGUGUUGUGAACUGAACAUCUCCAAGGCUCCAGGACAACAACUGUCAACAUUCAAGAAACUCUCUGGAGCUUUUGUUUCCAAAGAACUUGGGCAGAGAACUGAUUUUUGGAAGUCCCAAGACAAUACCUUCUGUCCCCUCCUCUCAUACUAGUCCUACAGUAUCUCCAUUGGAGGAAAAUACACGGAAUAAAUUCAUAAUUUUGAUGCACUUUUACUUUGUAGAAAUACAAACUUGAAUUUUGUAAAUAGUCAAGUAUCUUUUUAUACAUAACCAAGUCUAAUAUUGUGAUUUUCCAGUAUUCCCCAGAAGGAUUGUGGCAUUAUCCUAUUACUCCAGAGACAUGGCAAACGAGUUUAUCCUACGAGACAAAUACAAAUCGGUUUUCUGACAUGCUUUGCACCACAACAAAUAGCCUUUGAAAAAAGGAUAUGCAUAGAACUAUUCUCCAUCCACAACAUGCACCUGUUCUGAGCGUGCUGUUGAAGACCGACUUAUUCAGGAUUUCAACAAAAUGGCGGUCUAUCAUGUAAUGUUACAUGAUCUAAUGAGGAUCGGACCAUUGGUGUUUAGUGCGUCUAUGUCCAAAUUAAUCAUUUUCAAACGUUUUUUUGUCAAUGAAAUCCCUUUUGUUUAUUCAUGAAUGUCAGUGUCCAACCCAUGUGGCUGAGGUAUAAAACAAUACAUCCAGAAUAAAAUA